UGCUUUCCCCAUCGUCCACCGCGUCUGCGCACCCUGCGCGCUGUACAGCAUGUCUAUCUCGCUCGUCUCCAACUCGUACCUCGACGAGAACUCGGCCAAGAUUCGCGCGAAGCCCGUGCCAUGGGAGGGUUACCAGCGCGCAGGCCUGAUCACCUCGGAGGAGCUCAGUCUCAUCAAGAAGGUUGACCGCCAGUCUAGGUCCAAGAUAGAGUCUCUACUCGUCUCGGACGGUCAAACAUACGCUCUGUUGUAUCUCCGGCUGCUCAAGAAGCUCCAGAGAGUCGAUACGCAGUCAUGCAUACUUGUCCUUAUUGCGGAUGCGCUCACAGAUCACGAGGAACGGAUACCCUGGUUUACCAAUGCCGCUCAGACGGAUCCUGAGCUUCCAUACGGUCCUCUACUAAGAAUUCUGGACUCCCAGGAUGACUUUGUUCAGCUGAAGGCCACACAGAUCCUCACCGUACUUCUCAGCUCAGAGAAGGCACCCUUGCAGUCUCAGCAGAUGCACCCUUUCCUCAACACCCUCGCUUUGUUUGUUGCAAACCCGUCCACCAACAAACGUGAUAUUGCCGUCCAAUGCUUAGAGUCUACUCUGUCCCGUCCGGAGUGCCGGAAAGCCGUAUGGGCGAAUGCUUCGCUAGUUGGAGGGCUAGUCGACAUUUUGAAGCACAACCCUACCCCGCAGAUGAGCUACCAAGUCGGCUUCUGCCUGUGGCUGCUCACAUUUGAGCAAGAAGUAGCAGAGCAGAUCCAGAAACGCUUUGAUAUUAUACCCACUCUCGUCGAUGUCGCUCAGGGUGCAGCGAAGGAGAAGGUCAUUCGGGUGAUCGUCGCAACUUUCAGGAACCUCGUCUCGAAAGCACCACAGGCCAACCUUCCUGCGAUGCUCGUCGCCCACCUUCUGCCUUUUGCGAAGAACCUUGCUGGACGGAAGUGGACGGACGAGGACAUCGUUGAGGACAUCCAAUUCCUCCGGGACGAGCUUGCCGCGCGUUUUGAGAGUCUCACCACUUACGACGAGUACCGCUCUGAGCUGACGUCAGGGUACCUGUCGUGGACGCCUGUGCACGAGUCCGACCUUUUCUGGAAAGAGAAUGCGACAAAGCUGAACGACAAGGACUACGAGUUGCUCAAGUUGCUGAUCAGGCUGCUGUCCGAGUCGAACGACCCGACAGUGCUCGCCGUCGCGUCGCACGACAUCGGCCAGUACGUCAAACACUACGAGCGCGGCAAGAAGAUCUUGACCGACCUCGGAGGAAAGACUCGCGUCAUGGAGCUCAUGUCCCACGCGAACCCGGACGUACGAUACCAGGCGCUGAUUUCGGUGCAACGGCUCGUGAGCCAUCCGUGGGCCGCUGUGUAAGACUAGAAUAGCAUGAAACUGGACUUUUU